ACAGCCUUCCAGAGGACAAGGGAGACCCUCCCUCCCUCUGUGACAGCAUCCUGGGGCCAUGUCAGAACGAGAGGAGCGGCGCUUUGUGGAGAUCCCCAGGGAGUCAGUCCGGCUCAUGGCUGAAAGUGCUGGGCUGGAGCUGAGUGAUGAAGUGGCUGCACUUCUGGCUGAGGAUGUCUGCUACCGGCUCAGGGAAGCUACCCAGAAUAGCUCCCAGUUCAUGAAACAUACCAAACGUCGGAAGUUGACAGUAGAGGACUUCAACCGGGCCCUGCGCUGGAGCAAUGUGGAGGCAGUGUGUGGCUAUGGCUCCCAGGAGACCCUGCCCCUGCGCCCAGCAAGGGAGGGUGAUCUCUACUUCCCUGAGGACCGAGAGGUGAACUUGGUGGAACUGGCGCUGGCCACCAACAUUCCCAAGGGGUGCCCUGAGACAGCUGUGAGAGUUCAUGUUUCUUAUUUGGAUGGUAAAGGAAACGUGGAGCCUCAAGGAUCAGUGCCCAGUGCUGUCUCCUCACUGACCGAUGACCUCCUCAAGUACUACCAGCAAGUGACCCGGGCUGUGCUGGGGGAUGAUCCACAGCUCAUGAAGGUGGCCCUCCAGGAUCUGCAGACAAACUCCAAGAUCGCAGCCCUGCUGCCCUACUUUGUGUAUGUCGUCAGUGGGGUGAAGUCUGUGAGCCACGACCUUGAGCAACUGCACAGACUGCUGCAGGUGGCCCGGAGCCUCCUGCGGAAUCCGCACCUGUGCCUGGGGCCUUACGUGCGCUCUCUGGUGGGCAGUGUUCUCUACUGUGUUCUCGAGCCGCUGGCUGCCUCCAUCAACCCCCUGAAUGACCACUGGACGCUGAGGGAUGGCGCAGCCCUCCUGCUCAGCCACAUCUUUUGGACCCACGGGGACCUGGUGAAUGGCCUGUCCCAACAGAUCCUGCUGUCGCUGCAGAAGGUGCUGGCAGACCCCGUGAGGCCACUGUGCUCCCACUACGGGGCUGUGGUGGGGCUGCACGCCCUGGGCUGGAAGGCUGUAGAGCGGGUGCUGUACCCCCACCUGUCCACCUACUGGGCCAAUCUGCAGGCGGUGCUGGACGAUUACUCCGUGUCCAAUGCCCAGGUGAAGGCGGAUGGCCACAAGGUGUACGGGGCCAUCCUGGUGGCUGUGGAGCGACUCCUCAAGAUGAAGGCGCAGGCAGCGGAACCUGGCCGGGGCCGGGGCUCUCGGCGCCCCGAGGACCUACCCUGGACCGGCCUCCUCCUGCACGAGUCGCCUCCUGGGGGGGCGGGGGAGCCGGGCUUUGGGCCGGGGGCGCCUCUGGCUCUGGGGACCCCGGGACUGGGAAGCCCGACCCCUCCCGUCUCCCUUGGGGACACCUAUCGGGAGCUCUACGCCUUCUUUGGAGACAGCCUGGCCACCCGCUUCGGCACCGGGCAGCCGGCCCCGACGGCCGCCCGGCCCCCUGGAGCCAAGAAGGAGCCCGCGGCCGUGGCUGACGCUGUGCGGAAGAUGCCCCAGCUGACAGCCAGCGCUACCGUCAGCCCCCGGGACGAGGAAAGCCCCCGCGGGGCGAACCCGGGCGGCUCCGGCCCGGCCUCUGCCCCGGCGGCUGCCCCCGAGAGCCGGCCCCUUCCUCGGGUGCACCGGCCCCGGGGGGCGCCCCGGCAGCAGGGCCUGUGCACUGGGACCCGUGAUGUCUUCCAGAAAAGCCGCUUCGCCCCUCGGGGCGCCCCGCACUUCCGCUUUAUUAUCGCCGGGCGGCAGGCGGGCCGGCGGUGCCGCGGCCGACUCUUCCAAACGGCCUUCCCGCCACCGCAGGGUCCCAGUCCGGCCUCCCGCUAUGCCCAGAAGCUGCCCAUGAUUGGCCGCACAGCAAGACCCGCCCGGCGCUGGCUUCUCUCGGACUACUCACUCUACCUCCCGCUGUAAAGGGGCGGGGCCAUGCUGCGAGCUCGGUGCUUCCGACUAUUCGCUCUAUCUGCGGCGGAGAGCGCGCGCCUACCCAGGCCACGCCCCCUAGGGCUAGCCUCCCACAGUAAGGGGGGGGGCUGGGUGGAGCAGCGCCCUUAGAGGCCUCGCCUCUCGCUCCGGCUCCUUUCUGACUUCUCUGCCACCUACCCCAGCUAGGCGAGCCGGCCGCGCCACGUUCCGCAGUCCAUCCUUUUGGUUCGAAUCUGCGAUGGAGGAGCGCCAGGCCUGACACCCAUCCUUAAGCUCGGGGCAUCUACCGAGACUGCUAGUGCCGCCGGCCCUUCGGGCCUCCAGUACUGUGGGCGGAGAGGUGGCCCAGGCCUCGAGACCUCGAGUAGAGAAGUGGCGGAGCGACCCCGAGGGGGCGGGACGUUUAUAAAUAAAUGUUUACCUGA